CUGUGGUGCUGCUCUGGGAACACUCCGUCAUGUUUCACAGCCCUGCCUCGGUGGUGGGCUCAACCCCAGCACAUGGACCAUAACUCUCCUGGUGGCACCACUGCAAAAGGAAAUUCCAUCAGGAUCCAAAGAAUGAGACCGAGACAUCACUGCUGGAGAAAUGCAGCUGCCUUCACCACUGCUGCUGCAUUGACCCUCCAUUUGCUGUAAGGGUGCAAAUUCAUCUGUGCCACCUCUGUGCCCUCUUCACCCAGCUGCCCACCAUGCCAGAGCUGGCAGAGCUGAGCAGCCCCCGCACCCCUGCAGACGCAGACCACAUCCAGAGGAAUAUCUUGGAAGAGCACGUGGAGCUCUGGUGGUUCCAGGACCCCAAAAAGUCCAUCCUGUGCUAUGGGAUGGCCGUGGUGCUGAUUCUGGCCUGUGGGAUUGGGGGCAUCAUCCUGCUGUACAGCACUAGCAGCCGCUCUGGAGAGUGGCGGCUCGCCGUGGGCACCACACUCUGCCUCCUGGCCCUGCUCGUGCUGCUGAAGCAGCUGCUGAGCUCUGCAAUCCAGGACAUGAACUGCAUCCGCAGCCGGGAUCAGAUCGAGCUCCUGAAGAGCGGAGGCUUCUCGGACUGCCUGGUGCUGCUGCUGAGCGCCCUGGUGCUGCUGGUCUGCGGGGUGGUGCUCACCAUCCUCUCCACCACCACCACCAUGCAGCUCAGCCCCGCACGGCCGCUGGCCAGCAUGUUCACCAGCGGGGUCAUCCUCCUGACUGCUGGCAGUGCCAUCCUCCUCUGCCUGCUGCUAUACCUGCUGUGCACCUCCUGCCGCCGGGCAGCUCCGCGGAGCCUGGAGACCGGCGAGAUCCGCAUCUUCACCAUCUCCGGCCGCCUCGCUGGAAACAGGCGGCUUCCCCCCACCUCCAGCAUGGCCAACCUGAUCUGACCCAGGACGCCUCUGUGUGAGCCUCAGUGGAUACAGCCAUCAGAGAUGGCCUUUCCCCAGGGAAGGGCGAGAGCUGCAGUGUGCCCAGUGUUCCUGUUGGAGAUGACUGGCAUUUGCUUUGCCUCAGGCUGGUGGCACAGCACAGACUCAGGGCACCUGGAUGGGCUCUGAC